AUGAAGUUUGCCAAGGAGUUGGAGCACGAUGCCGUGCCUGAAUGGCGCAUCAAGUACCUCAACUACAAGCUCGGCAAGAAGCACGUCAAGGCGGUGUCGAGGGCCAUCAACCGCACGCCUCGCGCAGUCGUCAAGGGAACACCCUCGCAGCUCCGGCCGAGAUCGGCAGACGUUCCUUCGAAGAGCACACCCAUCCCCGGUCGUGCGCCGCCUCCCUCCGUCCAGCCGGCGCCGAUCCCGGCGUUGCAUGUCACGGGCAGCGAGCGGGACGACGAGCGAGCGGGCGAGGAUGAUGAGGCCGAGCAUGACCUCUUGACGGGCAGCGGCAAGGAUGUUCAGUACGGCAGCUUCGUGCCGACUCCAUUUUCGCAAAGCCCCGAGACGCAGGCCGAUGGCGAGCACGAGUUUGAGCUUCCCGCUCCGGCCUUGCGCGUGCCGUCCAACCCCACGGAUGCGUCGCAAAGGAACGUGGGCAUCUUUGGGCCGAAGAACAGGAGAUCAUCCCUCACCGCCGUCAACGCCACCUCGGCCGUCUCCCACACCGCCGAGCUGACGAGGUCGAGGACCGUUCCGAGGAAGCAAACGGUGGGAGCCCGUUCGGAAUCCUCCUCCCAGCUCCGCCGCAUCCUCUCGAGGGCCACCGAUGGCGGAGCCUCGCACUCCGAUCUCGUCCGCGAGCGAGAGCGCGACUUUUACGACUUCAUGGACGCCGAGCUGGAGAAGGUAGAGGCCUUCUACAGGCUCAAGGAGGAGCAGGCCGGCCAGCGUCUCGUCGUCCUGCGCGAGCAGCUCCACGAGAUGCGCAACAGGCGGAUUCAAGAAAUGACGGACAAGCACGACGCCCGCAAGAACCGCAACGGCACCGCCGCCGAGAACGGCCACGACAAGGCCAACGGAUGGGUUCGGCCGAUCAAGGCCAAAAUCUUCCCGCCCGGGCCCAACUCCAGGGCCCUCCGCAGCAUGCCCCAGACGCCGCGUCUCGCCGCCCGCGCCUCGGCCGAGACCAACAUGCGCGACUACAGCCGCCGCCCGGCCGACGACGAAGUCUCCUACCGGACCGCCAAGCGAAAGCUGAAGCUUGCCCUGCAGGAGUUUUACCGCAGCCUCGAGCUCCUCAAGUCGUACGCCCUCCUCAACCGCACCGCCUUCCGGAAGAUCAACAAGAAGUUUGACAAGGCGGCCAACGCCCGGCCGCCCCUGCGAUACAUGAACGAAAAGGUCAACAAGGCCUGGUUCGUCAACAGCGAUGUGCUCGACGGACACUUGAAAGCCGUCGAGGACCUCUACGGCCGCUACUUUGAGCGGGGCAACCACAAGCUCGCCGUCGGCAAGCUGCGCGCCAUGGCGAGGAAGUCGACGGACGAAUCGGGGAGCUCCUUUGUCAACGGCUUCCUCAUCGGCACCGGCGUGGUCCUGAGCAUCCAAGGCCUCGUCUGCGCCUCUCGAUUGCUGCUCGACGACGACGCCCAGAUCCGCCAGGACACGAGCUUCCUGCUCCAAAUAUACGCCGGCUACUUUCUCAUGCUGCUGCUGUUCUCGCUCUUCUGCAUCGACUGCUUCGUCUGGACGAGGAACAAGGUCAACUAUCCCUUCAUCUUCGAGUUCGACAUGCGAAGUCACAUCGACUGGCGACGAUUGGCCCAGUUUCCCAGUUUCUUCCUCUUCCUCUUUGGCCUGUUCUUCUGGAUCAACUUUAGCAGAUUCGGCGCAGGCUGGAUGUACCUCUACUACCCCGUCGUCUUGAUUGCCAUCACCCUCGGCAUCAUAUUCCUUCCCGCGCCCGUGCUGGUGCACAAGAGUCGGCAGUGGUUUGUCUAUGCCCAUGUGCGACUCUCUCCCUCGCCCCCUUUCCCACCUUGGCUGACCAUCGACCAGUGGCGCCUGCUGCUGGCUGGCAUAUAUCCGGUCGAGUUUCGCGACUUCUUCCUCGGGGACAUGUAUUGCUCUCUCACGUACUGCAUGGCCAACAUCGAACUCUUCUUCUGUCUAUACGCCAACCGAUGGGACGAUCCGGCCAAGUGCAACUCGAACCACUCGCGCCUUCUUGGCUUUCUCACGACGCUGCCUCCCAUCUGGCGUUUUCUCCAAUGUCUGCGACGAUACCGAGACACGGCCAACGUGUUCCCGCACCUCGUCAACGGCGGAAAAUAUACCAUGACGAUUGUCUCGUUCAUGAUGCUCUCGCUGUACCGCAUCGACGGCAGCACCACCAACCUCGCGCUGUACAUCACCUCGUCCCUCAUCACGAGCAUAUACGUCUCGAUAUGGGAUCUGUUCAUGGACUUUUCGCUCCUGCAAGCCCACUCUCGCCACGCCCUCCUACGCGACAUUCUGGCGCUCAAGCGUCGCUGGCCCUACUACGCCAUCAUGGUGGUCGAUCCGUUGCUGCGCUUCGCCUGGAUCUUUUACGCCAUCUUUACUCACAACGCCCAGCAUUCGACCACAAUAUCCUUUGUCGUCGCUCUCCUCGAGAUUUCGCGACGAGGCAUGUGGGCCCUCUUCCGGGUCGAGAACGAACACUGCGCCAACGUGGCCCAGUACAAGGCCUCACGCGAAGUCCCGUUGCCCUACCUCAUCGAGCCGCUCAUGGACCGCGCCAGCACCGAUGAUGGCCCCGUGAUGGUCGGCCACGACGACGCGGAGCUCGGGGUGUCUGCCCCUGCCGGUCCCGUUGCCUCCACUGCCAGCACCACCACCGUCGCCAGGCCUAGCGAAGGUCUCCGACGGCGGGCCGAAGCCAGCACGACCCGGACCUUUUCCAAGAUUCUCGCCGAGGCCCACAGGCAGGACUUUCAGAAGAGACGCAAGGCCGCUGACCAGAAUGUCGUUGAUGAGGAGGCGGUAGACAACGACCAGAGCGAUGAUGACGAUGACGACGACGACGACGAAAACGACGACGACGACGAUGAUGAAGAGGAGGCCGCAUCGCUCAUGGAGUGA